ACGUCCUAGCUGGGGCUACUAAGUGAGCACUACUGUAGCUCUGGUAUUUGAUGUGGUUGUUGCUGUAGCUGGUCCACUCCCUCCUGCCUCCUCUGAAGAUGGUCUCUUGUGACCUGUAUUUUUUUUAAACGAGAUCUGUCAGCUCAGCUCAGAUAGAGGAGCACGUGAGUCGGUCUGGAGGAGCUCAGGAGGUGUAGGAGAACCAAACAUCGAGGAGAAGGAGGGCUUUGCAGCAGAGAGUUCUGGGAGACCUGACAGAUCGGCUGUUCCCUCAGGUCGGCGAAACGUCUCUGCUGUCAGAAUAACUCCUGUGAAGACCAUGAAGAGCUCUCCUGACCUCAUGCCAGCUACAGAUAUGGACCCCUCCAGAGUGUGUAAGGGGAGGGGGGUCGUGACAUUGAGGGCGACUCUGGUCCACAUCGACGACGAUGACAUCGGCGCCCCCCCGCCCACCGUGGACACACAGCAGACAGCGCAGAAAGCCGGCCUGUCGCCAGGGGCCUUGGACCAAGAUGUCUGUGUGGCCGACACUAAUGGAGACUGCUCGGGAGCCUCUGUGGAGGUGAAGGGUGGAGAGAGUCUUCCCACAGACAGUAAGCUGCCCUCGCAGGUGGGAGUCGUGAGCACUGAGGAUCCGCUGCUCACAUCCUCCUCAGACACGCCCAGCUUUCUCACGCCCUCGAGAAGCUCCGCCUCCGCCUACCCCUCGACCACCUUCGUCAACCCCACCAUCGUCCUUCUACAGCACAACAGAGACUCCGCUCCAGAAGGGGGCGCCGGGGAGCAGACGGGGAGCACCAAGGCGGUGCCGGCGGGUGAUCCGGGCGGGGUUCCGGAGAGCUGCCAGGGGGAGAUGGAUGGUAAGCGGAUGAGGCUCUCCCUGCACGCCCCCGCCACCCGCCCCCUGGAGGACGCCGCCGUUGCCGUGCGGAACACAGAAAGGUCUAAAGACUGGUACAAGAACAUGUUUAAACAGAUCCACAAAGUCCCAGAGGUUCCUGAGGAAAAUCCGUACCGCCCCACCUACAUUUUUCCAGAAACCAAUGACAAGCCACUAAAAGUGCGAGAUGAUGCUCCAUACAGUCGCAUCUACUCGGACGACAGUGCGAAAGGGGUCCCGCGAUCGAAGAGCGCCGCGGACGUCGGGCUGACCGACUCCCGCGGAAACGCCCCGUCCAGGAUGCCCGUCCCGGCCCGCACCUCCUCCCUCAGGCCGUCCGCCGAAAGGAAGGACUGGGAGCCCCCCGACAGGAAGGUGGACACCAGGCGGUACCGAGCCCAGCCCAGGAGCAUCUUCCAGUACGAGCCGGGGAAGUCCUCGGUGCUGAGGGUGGAGAGAACGACUCACGGUUUAAGUCCCGAGGACGUAGAUUUAGAGAAUGAGCCUUGGUAUAAAUUCUUUUCAGAGAUGGAGUUUGGAAAACGGAGCGCUCCCUCUUUCACUCCUCUGGAAACAGCCGCCGACCUGCCGCAAUUUUCCAAAAGCGAGUCGGACCACGGCGAUGCCAAGGAAGGGGAGCCGGCCCCCGGCGAGACGGGGGCCGCGGACAGCGACCGCCACAUUUACAAGAGCGUCCUGGAGGGCGGCGACAUCCCCCUGCAGGGGCUCAGAGCCCUGAACAAGCGCCACCCCAGCUCCUCCUCCUCUAAAGUGGACCGUAAAGGUGGGAAUGGCUACAUAAUUUCACCUUCUCCCUCUGUAACUAGCCCGUCGGUUCUGGCCGGCGGCGCACUCGCUAGCCAGUGUAAAAGUAAGAAGCCGCUAUCGGCGGCCAAGGCGGGCCUCCCCGAAAUCCUGCCCUCCAAGUUCAAACCCAAGCUGGCCCCGGCCGGCGGAGAGGGGCGGGAGGCCCGGGCCCCGCCCGCCAGACGCCCCAAAGCCCACAGCUGCGAGGACCUGAGGGACGGCGGGGGCGGGGCCGGGGGCGGCGGGGGGGCGGAGCCCGGGGCGGAGAGGAGGGCGGGGAGCGCCGGCGGGCUGGCGGAGUGCGGCGUGCCGCCCCCCGGCCCGGCCUGGAGGGCCACGGCGGAGUUCAGCGCCAUGUACCGGACCAUGCACCAGAUCCGCCGGCCCGGGGCCGAGGGCCACAGCCCCCGCGGGAGCGUGCGCAGCCUGGCCUCGCUGUUCGAGCGGGAGGCGGGCGGGGCCCCGGGGAGGGGCGGGGCGGGGGGGGAGGAGCCGGGGGGCGGCGGCGCCCCCCCUCGCGACGCCGUCUCGUCCCGGGUGACGGAGUUCGAGCAGAUCAUCCAGCGCUCCUGCUCCAUGCCCGCGCUCCACGCCGACCCCGCCCCCGGCCCCGCCCCGUCGUACAUGACGGCGGCCGUCUCCGCCGAAUCCCUGCUCCUCCCGGGCGGCCCCAGGAGGGAGGUGGCGUCGCCGGCGGAGGAGGAGGAGGAGGAGGCCCCCGUAUCGGGGAGCCCGUUGGAGGACGAGCCCGUCUCCUCGGAGCUCUUGGACGCGGCGAGUCCGGAUUCUCCCUCGAAGCCCGACGCCGACGUCGAACCCGAGUCCGACCGCUGCUCCGACCGCUGCUCCGUAGCCUCCGCCGACAGCUCCGCCCCCUCCGCCGAGGCCCCGCCCGCCCCGCACCACGCCCACGCGCACGCCCACCACCAGCACAAGCCCAGCAAGUGCAAAGGGACGUGCCCCGCCUCCUACACCCGCUUCACCACCAUCCGCCGGCACGAGAAGCAGCUGGCGCAGCGGGACCGGCAGCCCGGCGCCGACAGGAAGAAGCCCUUUCCCAGCAGCCUCUUCCUCAUGGGCCCCGCCCCCUUCCGGCUGAGGAAGACGCUCCAGAGCCACCAGGCCCGCAAGACGGCCGCCUUCUCGGCCGUGAAGCCCUCGGAGAACGGCGCCCCCUGCGGGCACUCGGCGGAACCCCGGCCGCUCGUCCCCGCGCGCAUGUCCUCCCUGGAGGUGCUGGAGAGGCUGAGCAACGGGGAGGUCACCUCCCCCUCCUCCUGCUCCUCCCCCGGGGGAGGAGGCGGCGGCGGAGGCGGAGGCGGCGGGCGACGCCUCCUUAACGGCGGCCAUUUUGGCUCGGGCCCGGCCGUCUUGGACUGCAACAGAAACCCUGUGUGCCCGACCGCGGCGCACGACCGAGAGUCCGACUCCCCGCGCCACGCCCACGGGGAGCACGCGGAGAACGCCGAGGAGGCCCUCAGGAGGCGGUACGGGGACAAGGAGAAAAUGCUGGAGGAGCAGAGGCGUCUGAAGCGCGAGCAGGAGGAGGCGGACGCCGCGGCCCGGCGACACACCAGCCACUUCCUCACCCACCACCAGUUCAUCACCAACGAGCGCUUCGGCGACCUGCUCAACAUGGACAACACCGAGAAGAGGAAGUCCGGCUCCGAGAGGACUCCGGCUCUGGCGAAAUUUGACUUCAAAGCCGAGACACUCAAGGAGCUGCCUUUUCACAAGGGGGACAUCGUGUACAUUUGUCGACAGAUUGAUCAGAACUGGUUCGAAGGAGAGCACCAUGGGAGAAUGGGUAUAUUCCCCCGGAGUUAUGUGGAGCUCCUGCCGCCCACAGAAAAGGCCCAGCCCAAGAAGCCCACCCCGGUCCAGGUCCUGGAAUACGGCGAAGCCCUGGCCCGCUUCAACUUCACCGGAGACACCGCCGUGGAGAUGUCCUUCAGAAAGGGCGAGAGGAUCACGCUAAUUCGCCGCGUGGACGAGAACUGGUACGAGGGCAAAAUCCCCGGCACCAACCGCCAGGGCAUCUUCCCGGUCACCUACAUCGACGUGCACAAGCGGCCGCGCGUCAAGAACGGCGUGGAUUACCCCGACCCGCCCAUCACGCCGUCGCCCAAUCGCAGCAGCAACGCCUCACCGCAGAUUUCCCGAAACCGUCUGAGCACCUCCCCCCUCCCCCUGCCCCGCUCCAGCCGUCGCUCGGUGUCCCCCGAGGUCCACGCCAUCUCCUCCGAGUGGAUCUCCCUCACCAUGGGGACGGGCUGCAGCCCCCCCACGGCCCCCACCCCGCCCCUGCCCCCCCCGCCCUCCUCCUCCUACCGCUGGGGGGAGUACCUCCCCCCGUCCCUCUCCGCCAGCCCCGUCCCCCCAGUUAGCAACAGCCCCGGGCUGGUGUCCCCCUCUGCCUCCCCCUCCCCGUCCCCUCUCCCCCCACUGCCCCCGCCUCGCCCCAGCUCGGCCACGCCCUACCUGACCUUCACCCCUCCCCAGGGGGAGGAGUUUCUGCUGUCCCCGCCCUCCCCCCGGCUCUCGCGCAGCCUCAGCCCCUGCGGGGGGGCGGAGCUGGAGGGCUGGCUGGGAGGGCGGAGCCCCCUCAGCAGCCUGCUGGGGGAGGGGGCGGAGCUUGACAGGGCCAGCGAACGGGAGGCUCUGGGGGAGUGGCUCAGCAGCCCCGGAGAGCUGGUGAAGAGUGACAGCGAUUAUCAGGGCAGGUCCUCCAGGAGUCCUGUGCUGCUCUUCGACAUCCAGGACAACGUGAUGAAUGCCAACUCGUUUGCGGAGGCGGUGUGCAAGGAGAUCCUGAGCAUCGCCGAGACGUCGGUGCGGUACUGCAGCACCCUCUCCCGGGCCCCCGCGUCUGCGCGGGGUCUGCGAGCGCACCCCAGUAAACAGUCUCUCAUCGUUUCCCAGCAACCGCAGCCGCACACCCCCAGCCCAGAACCCGCACGUCCCAGCUGCGGAAUUUUCCAGGCUCUCUACAGCUACGUCCCCCAGAACGAGGACGAGCUGGAGCUACGGGAAGGGGAUCUGGUCAACGUCAUGGAGAAGUGCGAUGACGGCUGGUUUGUCGGAACCUCCCGGAGAACAAAAGAGUUUGGCACUUUCCCGGGGAACUACGUCAAGCCCGUCGACCAGUAACCACCGCGGACCGAGCGGCUACUCCCAGUGCGUUCUGCUACUCACAUCCCUUGGCUGCCUGUUGAGUUUGAAAAUCAGUACUAUUGCGCUAGAGGUUUAUUUUCGGCGAGGUUUGCGUCUCGGCUGGGCGAAAGCAAAGGUUCGGGGUUCGUGACUAAUCAUGGGACGAGGUUCUUUUCUGUGGGGGGUGGGGGUGGGGGGGGGGUGGGGUCAAAUGUUGUGAGAGAGGGAGGAAGAGGAGGAAGAAAAAGAGGGAGGAAGGAGGGAGAAACCACAGAUUCACUGCCCAAUCUCCGCGGAGCGCGGUGAGCGCACCCGUCCCGCUCUCCCAUCCCGGCGGAAGCACGGGACAGUCCGGCAACGCAACGGCGCGGGAGCGUUGUCGGAGUGUCGCGAGAACGUUGUCAGAGUGCU